AUGUCUUCAACAUCCUCAUCAGAUGAAGAACAUGACGAGCAAAAUUUAGAUGAGAACUCAACUCAUCCACAAUCUGACCAACAACAAUAUCAAGAAGAUGGAGAAGAUGAUGAGACUAGCGAAAUUAAUCAUGAACAUCAGAUUGAUGCUGAAGAUAGCAUCCCUGACAAUAGAAAUGCUGAAGAAGAGGACGAUGAGGAUGGAAUAUUUACGACUAAAGAUGAUGACGAAGUUAGUGGUGUGCAUGCUACGGCUGAACAUAAUGAUGAAGAAAUGGAAGAUGAUGAAGUUGAACAUCGAGAGGAAGAAGAAACUCAAGAAGAUGUCCAUUCACAUCAGGAUGAAGAUGAAACUCAUCAAGUAAUCGCACGGAUGGAUGUUUCUGACGAUGAAGAACAAGAAGAAGAGGUUGAUACUGGCCCAACAAAAAUUGAUUUGAACAUGGCCCGUUGUAAAGUUGAUUUAGGCGAGGAAGGGCCUUAUUUUGUUAAACUGCCGAAUUUCUUAAGUAUUGAAACAAAGCCAUUUGAUCCUGAAACUUAUGAUGACGAAAUUGAAGAAGACGAAACACUUGAUGAUGAUGGGCGAACUCGUUUGAAACUUAAGCUGGAAAAUACAAUCCGUUGGAGAACGGUCCGAGAUGAGCAAGGCAAUGAGAAGCGCGAGAGCAAUGCAAAAAUUGUUCGUUGGUCUGAUGGAAGGUGUGAACAUAGAAUUCAUAAAGCUCAUACUUUAUGGAUUUUCUUCUACAAAGUUCCGUUUUUUACCCUUCCGCUUCCGCAUUUUUGGCUUCCGCGGGUCUCCAUUUUAUCCCUCCCCCUGAAAUCAAUCCCUGGCUAUUCCUCUCUUUAUCGUUAUCAACAAAAAGGAGCUCAUGAAAUGAUUCGCUUGGAGGAAGAAAAGUUACGAGCCGCAGCUCGUCGUGAAGCACAGCAACGAAAAGUUCGUGAGCGACCAAUGACUGUUGGACUCACAUCUGGAUUCCUUGAGGGUUAUGAUUCUGAUGAGGCAGUCGAUUCGCUAGCUGCAAUUAAGAGAAGAUAUCAACAUGCCCCAUAUGGAAUGGAUAGAUAUCAACGUGAGCGCUCUUUCUCUGAAUCAGAUGAGGAACAAGAGGAAAGGCAAAGGAAAACUAUAAAUGAGGCAAAAAUUGACAGUGAAGAAGAGGAGGAAGCUGAAGAAGGUGUGGAGGAAAUGGACACAUCUGAUACUGAACAAAGGCAGAAAAAGCAGCAGAAAACACAACAAAAACGUAAGAUCGUUAUUGAGGAAGAUGAAGAUUAA